GCAAGAAGACAAAACAACAAAGAACCAGUCGGUCAUACGAACUCGUUGUGAUCAGACGGUGAAUACUUGCGAUAAGGCAAUCGUGUUGUUAUAUUUCAGUAAUUAAUUUUCUAAAAUAUUUUUAAUAACUAUAUGUAAUCUCGGAGUAUUUUUAAAGUAGAGAUUUAAAAAGAACAAGAAUUUCAAUAUGUUUGCGACAAAGAAAACUUUGGAGAAGUUAUUGCAGAUUUAUCAAAAGGAGAUCCGCCGGCAGAUCAGCAUGACUGUCAGCGUUACUAACUCGGACGCGAUGGCUCCGAGACUAGACCAGACGGUGACCAAGCCCCAGCCAAAUGAAGAAACGGGACUUCCUAAGAAGUUGCUGAAGUUGCAAAAAUAUCACAGAUUCCUGUCAAGCCUGACUCCUCAAGAAAUGCCAAUGGCGACCCGUGGACUGUCCGUCUCCAAGGACCAGUCUCGGGAGUUCAUGGCUUGCUUCCCGGACAUCGUGAGGGAUCUUACGGAGACAGGCAAGCACAUUGAUGUGCCAGAAGCCACCAAGUGGUUGGCUAAGCUAUUACAAUACAAUGUUCCUAACGGAAAAAAGAAUCGAGGCCUUGCCACCGUGCUCGCUUACAAAAUGCUCGAGAAACCUGAAAACCUCACACCAGAGAAUAUACGUUUGGCCAACAUAAUGGGAUGGUGCACAGAAAUGUUCCACACACACCAUCUCCUGUUAAAUGACAUAAUGGAGGGCACGGAUAUGCGCCGUGGUACACCAUGUUGGCACCGUCGCCCCGAUGUUGGUCUUGGUGGUAUCAACGAUGCAAUUCUGGUUCAAACUGCAAUGUACUCCACUCUUAAAAAAUACUUCAGCACUAAGCCUUAUUACAAGAAUGUAUUGGAGACCUUCAAUGAGAUGCUGCUUAAAUGUUCCACCGGCCAAUAUUUAGAAAAAUCAAUGUCAAAAACCGAUAAGCCGGACUUAUCACAAUUCACAAUGGACAAAUAUGAAGCGAUUACAAAAUACAAGACAUCUUAUUACACUUUCCAAAUGCCAGUCACUCUGAGUCUGCUAAUGACCGGCGUCAACGAUCCUGAAACUCAUAGACAAGCUAAAGCCAUUUUAUUAGAAAUGGGCGAGUUCUUCCAAAUACAGGACGAUUUCCUUGACUGCUUCGGAGAUCCAGCUGUCAUAGGCAAGAAUGGUACUGACAUACAGGAUGGUAAAUGCACAUGGCUAGCUGUAGUAGCACUACAGAGAGCUACACCCGCCCAAAAGCAAAUUAUGGAAGAAUCUUAUGGUAGCGACAAACCAGAGGAUGUUGCCAGAAUCAAAGAUUUGUAUGAAGAACUUCAGCUCCCUCACACAUACUCAGUAUAUGAAGAAGCCACAUAUGAUCUCCUUAGGACACAAAUCCAACAAGUCACAAGAGGAUUGCCACACGAUUUAUUCUUCAAAAUAUUAGAUAACAUCUUCCGACGAACGACUAAUGUAUCAGUAUCUCAGUCAAAAAAAGAAAAGGAAACAUUUCAAGAUAUGUUACCUUAUGUAUUGGAUUCAGUUGUAAAAAGCCAGAAAUUGUCAGAAGUACCUGAUGUAUCUAAUUGGAUUAAAAAGAUUUUAGACUACAAUUUAAGUGGUGGAAAGAAAACUAGAGGAUUAAUUACUGUGUUUUCAUAUGAAAUGUUGGAAAGCCCAGAGAAUAUUACUGAAGAGUCACUGAGACAAGCUCGUAUUAUGGGAUGGUGUGUAGAAAUGUUGCAAGCAUAUCUAAUCAUUCUUGAUGACAUAAUGGAUGGCUCGACGACCCGCCGCGGUGUCCCCUGCUGGUAUCGGAUGCCGGACGUCGGUCUGGGAGCUAUAAAUGACUCCAUACUCAUCUAUACCUCUAUUUUCCAUACACUGAAAACGAACUUUAGCGGUAAACCGCAAUACAAUGAUAUACUGGAUCUUUUUAAUGAGACAUUAUUAUUUACAUCAAUAGGGCAACAUUUGGACUACACUAUGGCACACCGCAGCAAAAACGACUACAGUCUCUUUACAAUAGAUCGGUACAACGCUAUUGUGAAAUUUAAGACUGCAUACUACACAUGCAAAUUGCCUUGUUGCCUUGGUUUGUUAUUAGCUAAUAGAACAGAUAAAGAAAUGCACGCAGUUGCAGAGAAUAUAUUAUUAGAUUUAGGGAAUUAUUUCCAAAUACAGGAUGAUUAUAUAGAUUGUUUCGGAGACGAAUCAAUAACUGGUAAGGCAGGCACCGAUAUUCAAGAAGGCAAGUGCACGUGGUUAGCUGUUCAAGCGUUACAGCGCUGUAACGUAGAACAACGUGCCUUAUUCGAAGAAUGCUAUGGCAGCAAAGAGCCGAAAGAUGUUGAGCAGAUCAAGCGGCUGUAUGAACAACUGCAUUUGCCAGAGGUGUAUCGUGAAUAUGAACGUACAAUUUACAAUAGUAUAAUGCAAAGGACGCGAGCACUUCCUGGAAGUUUUGGUGCUAGUUUCACAGCCCUCGUUACUAGACUACUUAAUAUGUUAUAUAAAAGAAAUCAAUGAACGCAUAUUUUAAUAAUACCUAUAUUUUACCACUUUAACAUAUCAAAUAUUUUUGUAAACACAUAUACUAUUACGGAAAGCGUUAUGUAAAACGCCACAUUAAUUUCAUUCAUAUAAUUUUAUGCACACCCUGAUUUGUAAUUCUACCACACGAAACCCAAGAUACAUUUCUCUACUGUUGUAUGAUAAUAUUUGUUAGCUUUUAUUGAAUGAUGGUAGAUUUUAUUCUUUGGGUUUCCGUUAUUAAAAUGUAAUAUCGUACUAUAAAUACUUAAGUAUUAUUUCGAACUGGCUGCACAUAGGAGGAUCCCAAUUGGACAAUAAUUUUGAGUAUUAUUGUGUGAUGUUUCACCAAUUGUGGGUCUAUUUUAAGUUUUCUUUCGACUCGAAAGUGUUCACUGUCAUUCUAAUUUUAUUAAUAUAUCUACAGAGACAAUGAGUCAUUCAAAACAAAUCCAUAUUGGAAAUAUGUGGAAUAUAUGGAAUUAUCAACAAUUAGAAGCCGAAAUUUAAUAAUUAUAUAUUAUAUUCUUGAAGCUUAGCAAUUACCAUGGGUAAUUGUAUGAAAUGUAUGAAAAGAUUAAUAAUUAAUUUAAAUUAUAAAUUUCGCUACUUUUUUAAGGAUUUUAUCCAAAUUAGUAUAAAAGUAAAAAAAAAUUCAAUUUCAAUUUUUCAGCCUGUAAAUGAGAUUUAAACAUUUCAUAAAAAGAUUAGAUAAAAAUAACCCUGCGGCCUUUUCUAAUUAUAGAACAUUUAUAUGCACAAAUACAAAAUGUAACUUUGUAUAUGUACAUACAAAGCAUAUUGCGAAAUUUUGAAAAACUGCAUUUUAUCAAUUAUUGAUACUUAUCAACUUUAUUUUUUCAUUGAAGCAUACCAAUAAUUUAUAUUUCUUACCUUUGUUGUUAAUUAUAUUAUUUUAUUAAUAAAUUAAAACAUUGUAUUAAUUUUACAAUGUAUAAAUAUACAUUUACAUUAGUAGAUAUUACUCUGUCACAUAUAUUUCAUACUUACUACAUUUUAAUUAAUUUAAAAAGAGGGACCUGUACUACAAGUAUUUCUGUAUGAUUAUUUAAAAAUAUCGUUAAAUUGUCCUAAAACAUUAGUCAUUGUCACUGGAAAGGUAACAACUGUUUCAGGUUCUGCUUCUAAAGUUUUUAAAUAAUUUUUACUGUGAAAAUCUAAAAUAAUAAUGAUCUAUUAAUAACAACCGUAUUGCGUUAUUAAUAUUUUAGAUGGCACUUCUUUAAACUUAGCAUCAAAAAAACAUAUAAUACUCGUUAAAUCGGCAAAUAUUAUUAAUCUUCCCACCACCACCAGAUCUCCUUUUUCUUCUUAGCUUAAAAAUAAAUCUCAUGUUUACUUUGAGUAGUAAUUUACAAAAUUUUAUUAAAAUCGGUUGGGCGGUUUCGGAGGUAACCGUAAAUGUUAAUAAGUUAAUGUCACUAUGUUAGUGGUACGCGAAUUUUGUGUAUUAUUAUUAUUAAGGUUAUUUUACUAUGUUUGAAUUUUGAUAAAAAAUACACAUGAUGUAUAAAACUCAAAAUAUUAGUGUGAGUAUUAUGAAUAUAUAUAUUCUAGAUAGUUUUCUUUUAAUUUUGUUAUUUCGAAUUUGUAAUUCUGUUCUUUUUUUCUUUCUUUUUCCACUAUAAUUUCCAGAUCCACAAUGAAUUCACAGUUGAUAAAAAUUUUACCAUAGGUGUAUUAAGGAGAUUACUGCAUGAGUUGUGCCUUGUAUCUGUAAACAUUGGGGUUGAUUCUGAUGUAUAUAUAUAUAUAUAUAUAUAUAUAUAUUCUUUAUUGCACUAAAACAUACAUUAAUAGUAACUACUGUAAAGUGAACUUAUCUCUAAAAGAGGUCUUUUCCAGUCAAUCUAACAGUGUCAUAGGAAGUAAUGAGUACUAUUAUAUGGGCCAUCAUAAAUUAUAUUUAUAAUAAUUUAGGCUUUAAAAAAUUUUAUUCAUAUUGUUUUAAAUAAAGAUUUCUUUUUGAUAUCAAGUAGAAAUCUUAAAUUUAGAAAUCGGGUUAAUGAAAUGGCAUCUCGGGAUCAACCCAAUUGUAUUAUUCUUAUAAACAUAUUUACAUACAUAAAUUAGUGAUACUAUACAUCAUUAUAUACAGACAUUAGUUUCCUAUGAUUUCACACCUACCAUAUAUAAUGUAUUAUAAUGUGCCAAAGUGAUCACAAAACAACAUAAUCAUUUUAUUUAUUGUUUAAACAUAAGAAUAUAUGGUUGUUAGAGUAUUCUAUAAUAAAAGUAAAGCAGCUAAUUUUGUUGUAGUGUGAUCAGGUUUUUUAUUAUAAAGGCAAACUUCGUCUUAAACUACCAACUUAAAAGUGUUAUACUAUUAUGUUAUUGUAUUUGUCUGCCUAUACUGCUGACACAAAAUAUUAUUUAAAACUAAUUAUCUAUAUUUUUAUUAUCUUAAAUUUAAACACAAAAA